UUGGUUUAUUCCCACACGCUAAGGUUUGUUUUUCAUGUCGAGCCCCCAGCCCAGCUGAACUCGGAUGUGAAGUGGCUCUUGGCCCCUGAGCCUCCCUGAAAGGGCCCGUCUCCCCUGAUCUGAGCACAAAGGACCCCCGCCGUGCUCUGGGGGUGGGAUGCUUUCACAGUGCGCCCUGAUGGGGGGGGGGAUCGUCAGUGGGCCUGGAACUCUCCAUCACCUCUGUUUAUGGGAUGCCAGCUGAUUGGCAGGCCUCCUGAGCUCAGUUAUUUGCCUGUUGAUUCUCUCUCUCCCUGUCAGACACCGUGAUGCCCCCACCCCACCCCCCAUCCCUUUAUAGCUGCUGUGCUUUCGAGGGACGCAGGAGAGAGUUGGUGUCUCUCAUUGGUCACGUGCUCUGUGAUAGCCAAUCAGCUGUGAGAGAUCUGGGCCUAGGACACCCCCCUUAUCACAUUUUACUCCCCCCCCCACCUCCACAAAGCAGCUUCCAGGUCAGCUCUGCAUGCUUUCCUAGAGCUGCGACCCAAAAGCACACGUCAGCCUGUGUGGUGCCUGACUAAUAGAGUUGACAGUGUCGGAUUGUGCUGAGUCGGUCGCCUUGGCCAAAUCGUUUCGUUGAGCAGAGGCAAAAAUGUUCUGUGAUACGCACAAAACUCGGUUCCGUGCCGAGCCGGAAGCUAAUGACCCAGCUUCCUUGGUUAAUCGACAGAGGCCUCCCCAUCGUCGUGCUAACCCCUGCCCCCCCCCUCCCCAGAGCACGCCGACGGGCUGUGCUACCGGCUGACGGCCGUGUGCCCCACGGUGAAGCCGCAGACGCAGGGCCUGGCCAAGGACGCCUGGGAGAUCCCGCGCGAGUCGCUGCGGCUGGAGGUGAAGCUGGGCCAGGGCUGCUUCGGAGAGGUCUGGAUGGGCACCUGGAACGGCACCACCAAGGUGGCUAUCAAGACGCUGAAACCGGGCACCAUGUCGCCCGAGGCCUUCCUACAGGAGGCCCAGAUCAUGAAGAAGCUCCGGCACGACAAGCUGGUGCCCCUCUAUGCUGUGGUGUCUGAGGAGCCCAUCUACAUAGUCACUGAAUACAUGGCCAAAGGGAGCUUGCUGGACUUCCUGAAGGAGGGAGACGGCCGCUUCCUGAAGCUCCCCCAGCUUGUGGACAUGGCUGCCCAGGUGAGCGCCUGGCGCUGCGUUCCCAUUGGCCGUCUCUCGCCCAGUUGUGGAUCUUGCUGCUUAUGAUGGGGAGCAUGUAGCCUGUAUAGAUAUUUAAGGAU